AUGCCAACGUCAAAUACUUCUGAGGGCAGUCUUCGCCGACGACGGCAGGGCUUUGUCUUCCGACAGUACCGCAAGGAUUGGCUUCUUCUGAUACCGGGCUUUGCUUGGUGCUUAUCCAACACCGUGCCCGUUACAAUUGCGGCCGUCCUUGUUACACUUUUGUCGCCCGUUGCCGCAGGCAGUGGCAUCCCGCAGGUAAAAUGCUACCUCAAUGGCAUCAAUGUGCCCUUUAUGAUGCGGGCAAAAACAAUGUUUGUGAAGGGCAUCGGCGUGGUUCUUGCAGUCUCAGGUGGACUUGCAGCCGGCAAGGAGGGUCCCAUGAUCCACAUCGGUUCUGCCACUGCCGCCGGCCUCUCC